AUGGUUUCUCAGAUUGGCAUCAGUGACGGCAGACCUCAGAUCGAGCCUUCCACAUUCAAGUUGCCCGCUUUUUUGAAUGAAAUCAUACUUUCGAGUGCGUAAUUAAGUAGUUUGAUUAAUGAUUGCGUCAGUCUGAUUGAAUUUUUGUUCGGGAAAACCGGGUUUACGGUAAUUUUUUGCAAGGAAGUGUGAUUCGGGUGAUGAAAUUAUCUUUAAAACUAAGAUUACUGUAGUCGAAAACUGACAGUCAGUAAUUUGGUAGGAGUACAAUCAGAUUGUCGAAUUCUCUAAAAUAGUUAUUCAUGAUUUCAGCUAGUUACGCCAAAGAUGUGGAAUCAGAAUACAAGCAAACAAAGAGUUACGAUCAGCCCCACACAUCGACGGCAUCCCAUUCCAUCCUCCCUCCAGUUCCGCUUCAACCAUGUUUCCCCAUUUAUUUGGGACAGCCAUUGCAGAGAUUGACUGUCGACGCCAUGAAGGAAUAUCUCUUAAAUCCGGAUGAACUGGACUGUGUCGUCAAAAUUUUCCAUGCUAAAGUAGCUCAGAAGUCGUAUGGGAAUGAGAAGAGGUAGAUGAUACAAGUUGUAAUAUAUAGUAAUGUCGUGCUUUCAGAUUCUUUUGUCCCCCUCCCUCAGUUUACUUGUCGGGUGCUGGAUGGGAAAGAAAAAGGAAAGUCUUUGAACGGGUGGUUGAGAGUUACAAUGGAUAUGAUACUAGAUGUACAUCACUGGUUGCAAAGAUCGGAAUAAUGGGAUCAAAGUUCUCGGAACCCCAGACACUGGACUUCUCAAAUGGAAAGGUAGGGAUUAUCAUAUACAAAAUCUUUUUUGAUAGUUUUAUUGUCUUAUUUUUUUUGUUUUAGGAAUUCUGCCCUGCCAAAAGUCUCUAUGUGAGCGAUCAGGAUAAGCGGAAGUUCUUCCACCUCCAAGUGCAUGUCAGUUUUAACUGCAGUCACAAUAUUGGAUCUUUCAUUUCGGACCGGAUUAAAGUGAUCUCCAAGCCCUCCAAGAAGAAGCAGACUGUGAAAGGGAAUGAUUGUAAUUACUUAUGCAUCAACAGUGGAGGGAAAGUGGCUCUUUUCAACCGACUUCGAUCUCAGACAAUCUCCACCAGGUAUCUUCAUGUUGAGAAUGGAAGUUUCCAUGCCAGUCCAGCCAAAUGGGGAGCAUUCAAAAUACACCUGAGUAAGUGGUCUUAUUAUUUAUCAACGUUUUUGUUUUAUGAGUGUGUGGAAGGGCGGGAAAUGUGGCCUUUAUUCUCAUUACGUAAUCAUGUCCUUUUAAGUUGAUGAAGAUACCGCCGACGACGCCGUUACUUUUGACCACCGGACUGGUUUUGUAUACUACGGUAAUGCCAUUAAGUUGGUCGAUAGCUGUUCUGAUCUGUCUUUGCCAAAAAUGCGGAUUAGAAAAUGUGACAAGAACAAUGUGAUAUUGGAUCAAGAAUCUUUUGAUGAGCCUGUCAGUCAGCUUCAUCGGGUCGCGUUCCAGAUAUUGGAUGCCCCAAAUUCAAAUGUCUACUUAGCUUUGAAUGGUGAUAAUAUCUUCCAGCAUGCGGUAAGCCAGUUUUGAUAAGUAGCGGACGUUUCAUUUUCCAGGCGGAUGUUAAUGAACAAGGCCAACAUUUGGUCAGUGAGGGCGCGGCUUGGACAAUCAUAUCGGCCGAAAAGAAUGAAUUUAGAUUCUACGAAGCAAUGGGAAGUUCUAGUUUUCCAGUGGCCCCGAUCCCGAGGAUUGAGACCAUGCAGAUUCAGCAGAAGCCUGGUGACGACGCCCGCGGGGUUCGAGGCCAUUCCUAUAUGGUUAUGCGAGGCCGCGACCUCCAUCCCAAGGUCAAAGUGUGGUUUGGGACGAUUGAAGCAAACACAAAUUUUGUGUAAGUUGGGAGCAUAUUGCAUCAUCUUCUUCGUCGAUGAUAUUGUUAUCUACUUUUUUUCAGAAGUAAUGAAUCUCUGGAAGUUGAGAUCCCUUCAAAAGAAGAAGUCUUUGCUGAUCUUCCUUUCUUGGCCAAGUUGUUUUAUGAGGAUGGUCAACUAGUACUGCCGGUGUGCCUGGUGAGAGAAGAUGGCGUAAUCUACUACAACGACUGUUCUUUCUCUUACUUCAUGAACGAAUCGGUUGUCGGAGAGGUGUGUGGAGAGGGUGUGAUAUCUUCUCCUUCCUCCUCUCACUCCUUGAACUCUUUCCUCCGGUCUACCCAAUAUCAAAGUGGUGUAAUUGACGAACGCGAAUCAGCCUACAAACGUCUUCGGUAUGAGGAUUAA